CUGGGUCCGCGCCCACGGCCAUUUCCCCCUCCCCCUCCUCCCCUUCCUCUUUCCUUCCUCCCCUUCCCUUCCCCCCACCCAGCUCGGUCCCGUCUGGCCCGGCCCGGCCUGGCUCUGAGGGACGCCCUGAAGGCUCUCGGCGGACGCUCAGGUGGUGUAUGUUAAAGUUGGGGAAAAGAAGACAACUUUUUGAAUAAUAAAGAUGCCUCCUAAAUUCAAGCGCCACCUAAAUGAUGAUGAUGUCACUGGCUCUGUGAAAAGUGAAAGGAGAAAUCUUUUGGAAGAAGAUUCAGAUGAGGAAGAGGAUUUUUUCCUGAGGGGCCCAUCUGGACCAAAAUUUGGACCCCGGAAUGACAAAAUCAGGCAUGUACAGAAUCAGGUGGAUGAAGUAAUUGAUGUCAUGCAAGAGAAUAUUACAAAAGUGAUUGAAAGAGGAGAGAGACUGGAUGAGCUACAAGACAAAUCAGAAAGCUUAUCAGAUAAUGCAACAGCUUUUAGUAACAGAUCUAAACAGCUUCGAAGGCAAAUGUGGUGGCGUGGAUGCAAAAUGAAGGCCAUCAUGGCUCUGGUUGCUGUUAUCCUUUUGCUGGUGAUUAUCAUUCCUAUUGUCCUGAAAUAUCGGUCUUGAUUCGGUGACCAGAGAUCUCCAUUAAAACAGUUCUGGGACAAUUAAAAAAAAGAAGAUUGCUGCAUAAUUUAACAAAAUAUGUAUAUAACUUUCAAAAGUUUUUUUUUUUUUCUGAAGAAGUAAAAAGAGGCAAGUGUCCAGUUCAAAUUGGAGUAUUGACAAGUUCCUAAUUACUUCCUCCCUUUCACCAAAAUAUGCUUUCAUUAAUUUAUUUUAAAACAGAAACACCUACUUUGCCAUGUUCUAGGAGCCUGAUUUUAAACUUGAUACUUGCCAAUACAUUAUUUGUAUAUAUAGCUAAACAUUAAUGAUGAUAUUUAUAAUUUAACACAAUUUCCUACUGUAAACUAGAGAGGUGGGGAUUUAUUGCAUCAAGUUCAGGGAGAGGGUGGGGAGUGAGAAGCAUAUGUAGAGAGAUGAAACAUUAUGUAAAAAAGGAUGGUAACCAUUCAAUUAAUGAUUACAAAAUGUGUAAUUUUUCUCAUGUAAAAAAAAAUUAGGUUUUGGAAAUGGUUUCCAUAUAUUUGUGGAGAAACUGAUGUUUUUUCAAUCCUGCUACUCUCAACUGUGACUAAAGACAUUCCAGUAAACCUAUUUUGCCUGUA